AUGGCUGACUCCCACAGCCAAAAAUCCAUAUCAGACCCGAUGUCUCACCUCCCCAAGCUCGCCGGAGGACCCAAACCCAUUGCCAUCAAGUUCCGAUCUACCAAUCUGGGCGCAUCUAAUGCUCAGGCUGUUCAAGCAUCUUUCCUGGCUGAGGAGAUAGCCAACUCCAGCCAUCGACAGAUGAAGGAGGAAGAAGGGAGGCGCAACGCUGCUGUGGACGCCUUUCACGUAGCUGAGAAGAGUAUCCAAGAGCUUAAGAAGAAGCUGCAGGAGGAGGAGAAAAAAAGGAAGUAUGCAACGGCAGCCCUGGAGAAUGCUGAAAAACAAGCUGAAAGCCAAAGGUUGCUGCUAUGUACUGCUGAGGACAACUUGGCCUCCUCCAAAACUCAGAUUGCUACACUAAAAAAUAAAUUGGAAGAGGUCGAGAAGGCCAGAGGCGUGGCCAAGACUGAGGACGCCCUUAGGGCUGAGGUCCCUGCCUUUUGCAAAACUUGCUGCGCCCAGACGUGGGAAAAAGCCCUCAACCAGACUGGGGUUGAGGCUUCUUCUAUGUUCAGGAGGGCAGAAAGUGUCUACUACCCGCCAGCCAUACGCCUUGUAAGCUCUUCGGAUUCUAAGGCCGACCCAGUGCCCUCGGAAGCAGCUGAAGCCCUAAGAAGUCCACCUAGAGCCCAUCCUGCGGCUAACACUUCUUCUGAGGGUGGGGAACAGGCCGAGGACACUACAAGAGCUAGGGAUGCCAACAAAAGCACAGUCCAAGGUGCUGACUUAGCUCCAACUGUUCCAGGGGAUUCCCUCAAAGAAAAAGAAACUUCCCAGAGCAUGGAACUGGUGUUGGCAACCCUUGCCAUACCCUCAAAAGUGGACCCAAAGGAUAAGGCUCAAAGGCCUAAACUUUAA